AUGUUCAUUGCGAGGAGCGAAUACGAUCGAGGGAUCAACACUUUCUCGCCUGAAGGCCGUCUUUUCCAGGUCGAAUACUCGUUAGAAGCCAUCAAACUUGGAUCAACGGCAAUUGGAGUUGCUACAUCCCAUGGCGUUCUCCUUGGAGUCGAGAAACGCGUCACGUCGCCCCUGCUGGUUUCCUCCAGCAUAGAGAAGAUUGUCGAGAUUGACAGACACAUUGGCUGCGCCAUGUCCGGCCUCCAAGCAGAUGCACGUAGCAUGAUCGAGCACGCCCGAGUCGAGUCCCAGAACCACGCCUUCAACUUCAACGAGAGACUGAGAGUGGAGAGCUGUACCCAAGCCAUUUGCGACUUGGCGCUGAGAUUCGGCGAGGGAGCGCAGGGAGAAGAAUCGAUCAUGAGUCGGCCCUUUGGUGUUGCCUUAUUGAUCGCUGGGUGGGACGAGGAUAACGGGCCACAACUGUACCAUGCCGAACCCUCGGGCACAUUCUACCGCUACGACGCCAAGGCCAUCGGGUCAGGCAGCGAAGGCGCGCAAGCAGAGCUACAAUCAGAAUACCACCGAUCUCUGACGCUGGAAGAAGCCGAGACUCUGGUGCUCAAGACGUUGAAGCAGGUCAUGGAGGAGAAACUGGACUCGAAGAAUGUGCAAUUAGCCAGUGUCACCAAAGAGAAGGGGUUCCAAAUCUACGGCGAUGAACAGAUGGCUACGGUGGUGGCGAGACUGGAAGGCGACUGA